UCAUUCAUGCGUGUUUGCUGUUCGGUUCGUUCGCGGUUUUUAUUAUUUUUAUUAUAAUACUGUGAUUUCUUCCUGAUUUUAUUAAUUUAUUUUUACGGCUGUAUCACAGACUGUGAAAACAUGACUCUAGGAGUAGGUGACGCCAGUAAAAAUCUCCCAUGGGUAGAAAAGUAUCGUCCGUCCAAGCUCGAAGACUUAGUGUCCCAUGAUGAUAUUAUUAAAACGAUAAACCAAUUCAUGAAAGAAAACCAAUUGCCUCACUUAUUGUUUUAUGGACCACCAGGAACUGGCAAAACAUCAACUAUUUUAGCGUGUGCUAGGCAGAUGUAUACACCUCAACAAUUUAAUUCAAUGGUCCUAGAACUUAAUGCAUCUGAUGAUCGGGGCAUUGGUAUAGUACGAGGGCAAAUUCUUAGUUUUGCAUCAACCAGAACAAUAUUUAAAGCUGGACCAAAGUUAAUCAUUUUGGAUGAAGCUGAUGCAAUGACAAAUGAUGCUCAAAAUGCCCUUAGAAGAAUCAUAGAAAAGUACACGGACAACGUGCGUUUUUGCAUCAUAUGCAACUACCUGGGCAAGAUAAUCCCGGCGCUGCAGUCGCGAUGCACGCGGUUCCGCUUCGCGCCGCUGCAGCAGAGCCAGAUCGUGCCGCGCUUGAAAGAAAUCGCCGCGGCUGAGGGGGUGGUAAUGUCCGAGGAUGGAGUGCAAGCUCUACUAGCCUUAUCUGGGGGUGACAUGCGCAAGGUGCUUAACACUCUCCAAAGCACAUGGCUCGCGCACCGCUCGGUAACAGAAGACCACGUGUACACGUGCGUGGGCCACCCGCUGCGGUCGGACAUCAACCGCCUGCUCAACUGGCUUCUCAAUGAGAACGACUUCGCGGCUUGCUUCAAAAACAUUCAAGAUGUCAAGAUUGCAAAAGGACUGGCGCUCAGUGACAUACUGACCGAGAUCCACACAGUAGUACAAAGACUGAAGCUCCCCCCCGAAGUGCUGAUCAGCCUGCUGAUCAAGAUGGCGGACGCGGAGGCGCGCCUGGCCAGCGGCUGCAGCGAGCGCGCCGAGCUCGCCGCGCUCAUCGCCGCCUUCCAGGAGGCGCGCGACCACGUCCAAAUGCAGCCCCAGGCGUAACCUCGGCAGCAACGUGAGUCGAUAAACAAAUGACUAACCACAUCACUCGUACAUGUAGUGUUGUCACAUCUGCAAAGUGGUCGUCUUUAAGUGAUUACUAAUAGAAACAGUCUUCUUUAUGUGCUCGAUCAUACAAAACGGACAUCUUAAAGUGCUGGAUCAUAUUAAACGGUACCUCUUUGAGUGCUUGGUCAUACAAAACGGACUUCUAUGUGCUUGGCCAUACAAAAAAGGUAAUUUUUAAGUGCUUGGUUAUACAAAACGAACAUCUUGAAAUGCUCAGUUACACAAAACAGAAAUCUAUCAGCGGCCUUCAGCCUAACUGAAACUGGUAUGAAAGGAUUAGUAUGGUAAUCAGGGGCCUUCUUGGAAACACGAAUGUUCUAUUUUUCGAAUACACAAUGUAGUUCUAACCUAAUUUAUGUAAAUGUACUUUAUGCUCUAUUUUGCCAAUCAUUUCGAAUGUUAGUGAGGUUACAAUUAUCAUCAGUUUAAAGAAUGAAUCGUGUUAUCUAAAUUGGUCGUUCAAUAUACACUAUAAAUAAGAUGAUAAAAUAAGCUUUCAUAUUACACUGCAUAUUAUAUUGUAAUGUUUCGUGGUAUAAGUAGUUUUUUGUGCUGGUCAACAUGUAAUUUAUUAUUUACUUCUAAAGCAUUCAAGUAAACUGUCCGUUUGAGACUAAGUUAUAAUACUUUUUGUAAUUAGUGGUAAUAUUGUUACAAUAAAUAUCUUACUUUUUA